CAUAGCAGACGACACCAACACAAUCUGUUGUUGAUAUAUUUGAAAAUUUACCGCUCAAGGUCCAGGACUUUGAAGGGAAUCCAAAAUGCUGCUACCGCGGCUGUCGUCCGCCCUGGGCCUCCUUGCCCUGAGCAUGGGCGUGUUUGGCCAGGACGACUCGGACGUUAAAAGCAUACCACUGAGGACACAUAGCCUUGUUUCGCCAUAUCUCGACACUGACAUGCAAAGUCGCUGGUUUGACUUUGGCGGCGACACCAUCAUACGCGCUGAUCAGUACAUCCGUUUGACCUCGGAUCGACCCUCGCAGCAGGGGUGGCUCUUCUCAAGAGUGCCUCUCACGGCAACUAACUGGGAGGUCGAGUUCGAGUUUAAGAUUCACGGUCAAGGCAACCUCCACGGUGACGGAAUGGCCAUCUGGGUUACUAAACAGCGCAGCACUCCUGGACCUGUGUUUGGCUCCACAGAUCGCUUUGAAGGAUUGGGUAUCUUCUUCGACACGUACAAGAACAAUCGUCCGGGCGUUACCUUUCCCUAUGUCAUGGCCAUGAUGGGCGAUGGGCAGACGACUUACGACCAGGCCAACGACGGCAAAGCCAAUGAGCUUGCCGGAUGCUCGGCCCGCGGUCUUCGAGGUGCCAGCGUUCCGACCAAGGCCCGUAUGACGUACUUUCAGGACAAGAGCUUCACCCUUGACUUACAAUACAAGCGCGAAGAUGACUGGCAGCGCUGCUUUGAGAUUCCAAACCUGUCGAUCCCGUCGGUUGCCUACCUUGGCUUCAGUGCCGAGACGGGCGAACUCAGCGACAACCACGACAUUAUCCGGGUGGAUGCGAAGAAUUUGUAUAGUACGAGUGGCGCGUCGGGCAAAUCCACACGUCCUGAGCCGGUACGGGGCAAGUCCACGGUGCAGCAAAAGAAGUCGGGCGGCUGGCUGUGGUUCUUUUUCAAGCUGAUCAUGUUUGGCGGUGUGUGCUACGGUGGCUUUACCGGCUACAAGAUUUAUAUCAAGUCGCGUCGGUCGUCAAGGUUUUGAGAGCGCGUGCAAGGGUAUGAAGACAAUCUUGGGAAGAGAAAAGCAAGAAGGGAAUUCGAUGUGGGAGAAGGAAAGAGAGGGUUGAGCAUACCAAUGGGAGCAUUUGAAUUCCAAAAAGAAUUUUGUGGUUUAUUUUAUUGCAUGCAUCUCAUUAACAUAUACCUGUCCGUGUACCUAGUAGCAUCCAACCCCCAUUAGGUCGAUUGGAAUUGAAUCAAGUCAAGUCGCUCUUUAGGGAGC